AUGUCUGAGGUGAAUUCAAUUUCUGAAGCCAACAGCUCCGUUAAUAACUUAAUAUCUGAGUCUUUCUCACCUAGCACUACUCCUUCUUUGAAACCUAAUUCUCAAAUUGUCUCACGCUCUAUUGAAACCAACGAGCGGUACGAACCUAAAGAGAAUCAAAUUGACGUUAUCUUAAAUUUGGACAGACAACACAUUGCAACAGAAUACGAAUCUUUAAAUAACGCGCAAUCUUAUCUUAAUAACUCAAGGGUAAAGAAUCAAGAAACCGUUAUUGAGCCGAACAUUUCUGGAUCUAAUGAAAGCCUCCUGCAACCCUCAUCUAACAAAGAAUAUAAACCUUUUGCCGAUCCAAAAGUAGAAAAUAUUCUGGCACCUCCUUCAGGAGCGAAUCUUUUGCUAACACACAUGCAGAGUCUAAGUUGGGAACAAAAAUAUGAUGCAAAACGGGAAUAUCCCUUCGUCAAUAAUCCAUCAGGAAUUCAUUAUUAUGCCUCAUCACCUUUCGGGUAUUUCACUACUUAUACUGAUGUCUGUAAUUUUGCCGAGAAUGGAACAAGGUCAAAUCUCUCGUCAGCGGAUCCGAAAUUUUCAUGUUUGGAUCCGACUUGUCCUCAGUGUCGCUAUGAGUAUCUUAUGGCAAAUCAGUCAUUCAAUUCGUCUUCAGUUUACGGAUCUUCUCCUGGAGGUUUGCCAUAUCCUCAGCAAAUAAAUACGAUCAGUAAUAUCCCGCCAGCAUUGUAUUCUUCCUCUCAAUCAUAUGCAACAAAUGGUGUUAGAAAGCCAGAAUUUACUACUUCUGAUCUCACGUCUCAAGAAGCUUGUUCGUCAUAUUCGCAGUAUUCUGCGCCAGUUCCUGUCACCUUUGAUGAAGAAGGUCCUAGGACAAAGACAGGAGAAUUAUUAAGAUGUAACAAUUGCGGUGCUACUGAGACUCCUGCAUGGCGUCGUGAUUCGGAAGGAGUCAAUUUACUCUGUAAUGCUUGUGGAUUAUAUUUAAAGAUAAAAGGACGUCAUCGUCCAAUAGAGAUUGGUCCUGAUGGCGAAAUUCGACUUGUAAAGCCAGAAAGACGUAACAAUACACAUAAAUGUGAAGAAUGUGGGGUCACUGGGAUUAAUUUUUAUCGAGGAUCUGAUGGUCGUCAACUUUGCGAUCGAUGCGGUUGUAAAGAAAAAGCUACUUUACCGCAAUCAGAUCCAUCAAUAGUGUUUCGCGCUUCCUCCGAGUCCAACGAAGAGUCUCUUCGUUAUCACCCUUACUAA